CAGCUGUGCCGUGCACGCUGUUUACAGUUUCCCCUGCGUGUAACGUUAGACAUAGCUGCUCAUAAUCAUACAGCUUCAAAAUGGAUGUUUUCUAAUCCCAAACAUUACCGCAAACAAUGGCUGUUUGUGUGUAUGUGUGUGUCAGCAUGGCAGCGGGUUGGUUUGUGGUCUCAUUGUGGCUCAAAUCCUUUGACCGUGGGUCACAGGUACCAGUUAAUGGUCACUUUUGUUGUCAACUGAAAAACGUGCAUUAAGCGCAGAGGAAAGCUCGGACUGGAGUUCUCCUCAUCACUGGAUUUGGAUCAAGCACUGCUCUGUUGACUCAGCUGUGUUGAGACUGGCCUCUGGCUCCAGGUUUUCCAAACAAGCAUUGAAACCCCGAUCGCAGCGCCUCAUGUAGGGGCCAUUUGAAACCCUUUGACCUACAUUUGGGCCUGUAUGUUAAGUCACUACGUAUGUACAGUGUCAGGGAUGUUGUGGUCAAAUGCACACAGAAAACUAGUGUGCCAUUUAAAAAUAACACCACACACAUUAUUUUGUGACUUUGUGUCCAUCACAUCUGCAGUGUGCACAUCCUUUAUAGAGGUUUGUUAUUCACAUGUCUCUGGCUGUAGCACCAAGGUAGAUGAUCGUUGAAUUAAAAUGGUUAACAGUGUACUGAUAGGAUGCACCUGUGGCCAUGAUAAAAGCGUAGCAUGCUACAUGAAGAGGUUGUAUUUCCUUAGCAUGUUAGACCUCCACCUUGUACCCACAGAAUAUUCAGAACACCCAAGGUUGUCUGACGAGUUCCAGAAACAUCCUCACUAUGCCCAGAAACACAAGCCUUGUCUUGUUUGCCAUCUCAUGUCAACUACAACCACAGAGUCACCAUGCAAGAGAGAAAAAAGAAGAAGCUUGGAAGUGGAAAUAAGGGCCAGUGCAGCAGAGGUUUUAUGUUCAACCAUGAUAAUAAGCAAGAGUUGAUCUUUAACUUUAACAAGCUUGUUGAACUGGGCACUGUCUGUCCAAAGCUUUAUGAAAGGGCUUUUGGUUUGGCUUUGAAGUGGUCCGCUAGAAAUUGUUUCUUGUCAGUCCAUUGGCCGGCACUUUGAGUGGUCCCGAUGCUAUUUUUCUUCAGAAAGACAUUUCUGCUUUUCCCAAUCCUCUGGUAAAGACACCUUACAGGAAUGCAAUGCAGUCAUCAUUUCAGCAUGCAUGGGUUAGGCAUUGAGAACUCCGUUCCUGGAGUUGAGCCUCUCAGGCACAACUUAAGAGAGGGGACAAAUAAAAACUCCUUAAGUGGGUAUCUUGCCUGAGAACUGGUACUGCUUAGAAGAGAAUUCCCUUAAAGUGGUUUCCAAAGUCGGUACAUUGAAGCCAAAAGAUUUAUUUCUGUUGUUCACAAAGAAAUGCUGACUCAUCUCAACACGGUGUGAGAUGGUCAAAGGCAGUAAAUUCAGACUGUAGUGAGAAAACAACUUUUGGAUGCUAAUUGUGCUACACCUGCUAUCGUGCCAAAACACACAAUGUUCAUUAUUUCAGCCAUUGAUGUAGGUUCAUAUAUGCUGUGAGGGUAAGUGGGUGCCAUGGGGGGAAAAAUCACUAUAAAGGGUUGUUAUGGUUUAAAUAUGUUUGGAAAGCACAUUGUGAUUUAUUUUCUCCAAUCUCAUCUGUAGGAUUGACAUACUUUCUGUUGGUCAUAAAAACAUUGUGCUCACCAAGUUAAUGGCUGAGAUCCCAAAACUCUAAAUAUAGUCAAUUUGGGGCAAGACAGUUAAGCGGUCAGAUCAGAAAGGUACACUGUGAAAUUAUUACCCUAACUAUUCGCUGUAAACAUCCAUCACAGUUUACAGACCAACUGCCUUGUUCAACUUUGACCUACUUGCCGUAGUUGUGCGCGCACACUUUUCUUGCACAAUGAGGGAUUAUUACCAACAUUUCAGGAAAACGGAUAAACUGAUUUAGAUUAUCUGGCUAACUGUUGGCUUAUUCUGACUGCUCGUGUUUCUUGCCCUGUCGGACUCAGCAAUCAAAUGGUAAGUCCAGUGUAAUCAUGACCGAGGGAAAUAAGUUUUCAACACAGAGAAAUGAAGUCCAAGUUCUUAUAAACUAGGUUUUAGCCUUUGAAGGGGUGUUUAAGCCAAAAUACAUAUUUUACCUCCUACUCCUUGUGUUAUCUAGUCCUGCACAUAGUUUUGAUCUUAUCUUUCAAGGUUUUGAGAUAUCCACGUCUUUAGAUAAUCAACAGUGACACAUCACUGUCAACAGUUUUAUUAGGGUGUUUUUCUCCAGUUGUGGAGGAUGUUGAGUAAUCUUUUGAAGACCCAUACUACUGCCUUUUGAAUGUAGCGGUUUACAACAAAUCAUUUUCAACAAUCAAUUUCUAUUGACUGAUUUAUCAAGGCGUACAGAAAUGUUGUAGAUUUUAGAAAGCAUUCUUUCUGCCGUGAUUUUCAUUGGGCAGUAUGACCAGUGCCAUACUGUUUACACCAAUAUAUUUAUUAUCUCCUUUCUCUAUAUCUCACGGUGUAUUACCUCAUUGGGAGCAGUGUUGCAAAUCAAUGUACAGGACUACUACAUCAAAAUACCUGAUAUUUGUAGGGUAUUUAAAUUGCGAGACUUACCAAAAAGAGACAUUUACUUCUGUUUAUUUUAUCUAUAAACCGCUUCUCAGUAAAUUUACCUAAAAUGUAUUAUGAUUACAUGAUAUAUAUCAAAUGGUUAAUGGAUUACAUAUACUAUAUAGUAUGAAAAUCAGCUUGCACAGUGAACAUCUUGUGGUUUUAUUGUUAUGUUAAUGUUGCAUGGUAACUUUCUGAAGACUUUUCAAAUAGGUCGUCCCUUCCACCUGCUCCCUGCAAAUUUUAAUAUCGUAUAUAAAUGAAUGGAAACCGUUAGCUUCCUGAAAAAUAGAAAAAGCACAUUCAUAAAUUCAAAACACUGCAGCCUACUGGCAUUUUAGCCUGAGAAAUGAGUGAACAGUUAGGAGUUCAGUGUUUGCUCCAGGGCACCUCUGCAGGACAAAUGUUUGUUGCUGGAUUUAAAUCUUUGUUGCGUUUAAGGAGGUCACUAUAUCCACAGUAGGCAGUUCACUAAUGUCUGUUCAUUUUCACUAUUUGUGGCUUUUAUGAAGAAGACUCAGCUCGCAGACUCUUUUCUGCACACGCGCCAUUUUCUGAUUCAAAAAAUCUGGCCAUCAUAUGAGUGUUUCAGGAGCUCUACAUUGUGGCAGUGACACACAACCUCACAGCUGACAGUUACACAGUGAAUGAGUACGAAUGGCUUUGCAAGCAGUUAUUGUGUGUCCGUGCAAUAACACAGUCAGGCGGCCAACUCCCCCAGGAGGAGCUGCUGAAAUCCGAUGAAGAUGAAGGUCAUCUCCCAGUCAGACCUGUUCAGCUUGGCUCUCAGUGGAAACCUUAAGCCCUGUGCUGGAUAAAUGGAGAGGAAAACAUUUGACUGAAUUGUUCUGUAGAUCUUGGUCAGAAGAGGGAGGGAUUUUAUUGGGCGAAUGUUGUUGGUUUUCUGGGUGGAUUUCAAGAGUAAAGGAAAAUUAGAAGGAGGGAGGUAGGGAAAGUGAGCGGCGUUUCGGUUAAUUAGAAGUCAGGUCGGUAGUCUGACGUUGGCUGGAGCUGGCGGUUUGACCGGCCAGAGGUCCUGGCCUGAUUUCCCUACUGUGGGGGGGGGAGCUGGGGGCGUGCCAGGACAUUCCGCGUGUCACUUUCUGCACAGCCAGCCCACUUCUCUUAUUUUGUAAUUUCCUUUUAGGAAAAAAAGUAAGAGGUCUAGAAGGGAAGCACUAUUGCUCUUGCUCCUUUUUCAUUCAGUCCCUUCAAGGAAGAAGAAGGACAGUGUGUGUGUGUGUGUGUGUUUUUGACUUGUUUUUUUAUGAGGCAACGUUGAUGAAGUGAAGAGAAAUUCAUUCAUUUUCAUUCUUUGUUUUAAAAUGGACUGUCUGUCCACAAAAAUGCAGGAAGCAGCAGAGUACAACAUGAAAAUGCAUCCCAUGUGGCAGGAACCCCUCGCGGUACCAGGAGGCAAUCGUCAGUCUCCCAUCGACAUCGUUGUGCGAAAGAGCGUCUUCGAUUCAGAGCUGAAGCCUCUGGUCACCAAUUACGACCCAAGGACCUGCCAACAAAUCUGGAACAACGGUUACUCCUUUCUGGUCGAGUAUGAUGACACUACAGACAAGUCCACGCUGAAAGGGGGCCCCCUGCAAGACAAAUACAGGCUGUGCCAAUUCCAUUUCCACUGGGGUGAGAACAAUGCCUGGGGGUCAGAGCACACUGUGGACAAGAGGCUGUUCCCUGCAGAGCUCCACUUGGUCCACUGGAACUCUGACAAGUACAGUUUGUUCGAGGAGGCAGUGAUGGAGGACAAUGGACUUGCUGUUAUUGGAGUCUUUCUUAAGGUGGGAAAGAGACACGAGGGGCUGCAGAAACUGGUUGAUGCUCUGCCUGCUAUCAGACACAAGGGCAGUGUAGUGGAGUUUAACAGGUUUGACCCUGCCUGUCUGUUACCCACCAACACUGAUGAGUACUGGACGUACCACGGCUCUCUGACUACACCUCCUCUGACAGAGGCCGUCUCCUGGAUAAUUAUGAAGCAGCACAUAGAAGUCAGCCAUGACCAGCUGGCGGUCUUCCGGAGCCUUCUUUUCACCUCAGCUGAGGAGGACGUACAGAAGAGUAUGGUGAACAACUUCCGUGUGCAGCAGCCUCACUGUGGUCGCACCGUCCGCUCUUCCUUCUCUCCUUUCCUACAGGAGGCGCCGUCAGCAGAAGGCGAUAAGCACACCUACUGAUGCUGCUGGACCCAGUACACACAUCCUCUCACACAGUAACGCACACAGUGACCGUACCAAUCUACAUUUACUCUGUGAUCAACUGUCUGAAAUUUUUUUAUUUUUUUUUUACUCAAUUUGACUCAGAACGUUAAAAUUUUCCUUAGAAGAACUUAUACUUAUACAGUAAACCGUUUUACGUGGAGGAUGUAGGUAUACUUCUGUGUCUGGGUAGAGAUUUUUAUUUUCUUUCUUAGAUAUUUCAGAUUUUGGUUUGACUGUUGCAGACCAAUAACCAAUAAGGGAUGGUUGCUGUGGGCAAAAUCUGUAGUUUUACUGCUUUUAAUAACAUGAGUCAUAUUUAUUAUACGUUUAACAUUCAUUCAAUUAAGGUACAUGAGUGCUACACUGAGCUUCAUGUAAAAACUCAACAGCACUGUGUGCUGACCACAGUCUGUUUGACAGUCUGACUUUUAUCCAUAUAAGGCAAUCACCUUGGGAGUGUGUCUCUUGAGUAGAAUACAUUAUAUAUCCAAUUUAAUCAAAUGUUUUGUACCACAGUCUCACUUUAAAUUAGCUUGUUGGUUUUAUCAUUAAUAAUAAUGAAUAGAAUAAAUGUUUUCUUAAUCUGUUACAAAGAAAUUAUACUGUAUACAGUACAUCUGACAUUCAGAAAGAUUUGUUUUAUAGUAUGUGACACCCAACACAUACAUGAGAGUUUUAAAUGAACUUUAAUGAGCCUUAGUUCUUCUAAGCAGAACUAUUAAAUGUUACUAAUAGGUACAAAAAUGCCAGGUUACUGUAGCACAUGCCUUUUAAGAGUAUUCUGAUUGAAAUAAGCAGUUGUCUUCCAUCACUUCUUUUUAGUUGUUUUCAAGUACCAUAACCGCAGUGCCUUAAAUGUUCUCUGUGUGAAUCACUGUUCUGUUGGCAGAGGUUCCCCAACACAUCUUUGAGCAUAAACAGUAUUUCACUUCCACAGCUGUUCCAUUAUGCUAUGGUUCCGGUACAGGGCUUAGUGUUUGCUCACAGUAACAGUCAAGGCUCAGGUGAAUUUUGCUAUAUAAUCCUCAUUUAUGUUUUUAGAAUUAAAGUAAAUGGAUCAACUCCCACAGUGUAUCGCUAUGCUUCAGGAAUAAGUACAGGAACAUAGCAGAGGAGUUGAUGUUUAAACCUGGAAAUGACUCUCAGAUUGACAGAUUUAUUUAUAUCUGUUGUCUUUGUUGAUUUGUCUGGUUUAGUUAGUUUUGUGUUGUCUCACAUUUGUCUUGACAUUUGUGUGACUGAAGGCUUAGAUUAAACAAAUUGGUUGAUCAGUUUUGAGAAAGGGUUUGAAGAGUUACAAAUAUUGUUGAAUGAAUGCUAAAUAUCUGUGCUGGUCUAAACUACUUCUUUAUUUUACAUUUUUAAAAUAAAGUCAAAAGGCACAAAGGAUACUACCAUGAAUAGCUGUGAUAAAUGCAUAAAUUAUUGUAGAGGAGACUUUCUGAGGGAGUUGGAUAGACGGGUGACACAGUAGGACCAACAGCCUCGUGUAUCACCCCACCUGUUUAGUAGUGUCUUAACAGAUAUGUUAAUACGGUAUUGGCUUUUAUUUAAAAAAAAGCCAGAUACAGGGCUUUGGACUAGCUUUUGUAACUCAGUGCAGUUUGUCAUUCAGGAUUUCCUUCAGUGGUCUUUCUGGGGGGGAAAAAACAAGGAAUGCAAAGACAGAAAAUGCAGCAAAGCAAAACCAGAAACUUUGCUAUCGUCAAAGCCACCAGACUCCAUUGAUUAAAAACAGUAAUUUUACCUCGCAAAACACACAGGAGUUGCUGGUCUACCGCUGCCUCGGUCGGUUUGUUUGUUUGCAUUAUUGUGUGACUUUGGUGUUUUUGAAGGGUUAAAAAGUCACACAAUAACACAAACUAACCAAUCAAGGCAGACCAAAGAGGCUAUUUUUGUCAAUGCAGUCUGGUGGCUUUUACAAGAGCGAUAUAGCAACAAAAAGUGUCCCGCUCUUUAAACAAAGGUCUGUCUCUGUAGGGAUCUUUUCUAUAAUGUUGUCAGACACUUAUAAUAACAAUCUGAGCCUGUCAGUGGCAAAAACAAGCACUUUAGUGGACGUUCUGUAACGGGGCACAGUUGCCCACAAGGAUUAUGUUGCAGCCCUUCCUCGCUGCUGCCGACUGCAGAACACUCACUCAAUACUGGAACAGUUUCAAAUAAUGCUGUCCCAGUUAGUCUCACAGACACAAACAUGAGGGGAAAAGAGGAUCCAGGUUGAAAAAUACCGAAGUUACCCUUUAAAGUACACUUGAUGUUCAUAAUCCAGAACUUAUCCAAGCUCUACACUAAGGUAUAUGAAGCACUCCUACGUGUUGUUUGCAGAUGAGGAUUUUGCAUCACCUAAAGAAGUCUGGCUUUUGCUUAGGCUCAUGUCCAGCAGUUGUGAUGGGGUGGGUGGAUGUAACUAUGCAGUACUGUCAGAAAGAGAGAGGUUUGAGGAAAACACAGGGAAAAGAGAGAAGAGAUGGGAAUGAAAGUUCAGACAACAUGAAAUGAUCUGCCAAGUUUCUCAGGCAUGUCUGAUUUCACAUACUUUAGGACAAGAAUCUAUAAUUACACUGCAAACCAGAAGCGCAUCAGAGGAAGCGUGUCUGGCCACGUCUAACAUUAUCCGUACAUGAAUGUGUCCAUUGACAUACAGUUGAGUUGAGGCAGGGGUGAGAGGUCACGGUUGUCUAUAUAAUCCCUGAGUAACAAUGCGACUGUCCAAACUGGCCUUUCCUACCCUCCUGCACCGCCACUCCCAUCAGGCAUACACGCCCUGCUCCAUCUCCCCAGUAGGUCCUCCACUGGCUCACCAUUUGAGGCCCAGCAUGAUAUCACAUAUUGAAUACACUAAUUCAUUAUGAUGCUAUGUGAUGUGCACUGAGUGACGUUAAUUCAUUGUGAUGGCUGCUGAUUCGCUAAAUAAAUUCCGAAGAGGCCGCAGGGGUUAGAUGGCAGUAGUUGUUUUUCAAAGCAGAAAUGAGAUCAGAGUGUACUCGGUGUGGAGUUUGAUGAUGUGCAGCAGAAACACAUUUGGGAAUGUUAUUUUUCUUUACAAAUAAUGCAAUAAGAAAUCUAUUUUCAAUGCAUUAUACUAACAUGGAGACAAGGGACCCAGUACUGCCUUCAUCUUAUACAGCUAUGUUUUAUUACCAUGUUUAAAUCAUGCACCAAGAUCUGCCUUCAUGUUUCAUGGCAUUUUACUCAUGUCAAGUUACUUUUUUUUUUAAUGCUCUUUUAUGCCUUAUUUUUUAAACAAAGUCUGUGGAAAAUGUUGUCUAAAUGGCCUUUUCUGUCAAAGCUAGAGUUGGUGAUCUGGCAUCAGAAGCCAAUUUAAGAUGACUUUGUUCAGAGAUGGUUAAAAUGUAAGAUGUGGUGUCUUUCGAAGCUUAAAAUCUCCCUUUUCUGGCAUCUUGUCCUCACUUUUCUCCCUGUCUGCCUUUGUAAACAUAGAAGUAUUACAGAAUGCUGUCAUCAUGCUGUGUUUGAGUCUCUUGGUAUAUCUUUCCUUGCCUCCUGUAGCUCAGUGUGAUGUUUUAGCAGGUGUAUGUGAUGUAUGCAGUACAUAUUUUAGCUGUUUUAUUUUUCCAGUGGGCAACCGACAUUCCUGCCCUGCGGGGCUGCUCUAGGCCCCUCUCCCCUCCCAGUAUGCUGUGCUCCACCUGGAUGACUCCUUAUAGGCCCCCAUCCAGCUGUGAGACCCCUGUAGAAAACCACGUUGUCACAUGAUUCAGAUGUAAAGAUGAUUUAAAGAAACUGACACAUUAAUAGAUGUAUAACAAUAAAAUCAUGUGUGAUG